AUGCCUUCCUCAGACACGCCCAUCACUAUCGACCGCAUCAGAGACUAUACCCCCCACGGUUCCCGGAAGAAGUGUCUUUACACCCUUGAAAAGAUCCUGGGCAUCCUCAAGAUCUGCUGCCCCGAUGAGACCCGCUUCACCAUCGAACUCGGGGAGAUUAUUCGGUCCACCGUUCUCUGUCUUCAAGGCCUCCAUUGUUCUUCCGUCGAAGGCGUCAUCCCCAAGUCGACCGACAUCGUGUUUGCCCGGAGCGAACUGGACCGUGCCAUCGGCGACGGCGGCUUGUGGCCCGCCUACUUGAUCUACGCCCGUCUACUCGAGGGGAAUGGCAGGACGCCUCGACGGAAGGUCAACUACAUCAGUCGGACGAGCACGGUGCCGUGCGAAAGCGGGAGGACGUGUCUUCGGUAG